AUGAGAGUACAUACUACUGAAGGAGCUGUGGACGUCUUCAAGAAGCAAGACGUUUCAACGAGGCACUGCAGGGGCGUCUGAUAUGAUGCACAAAAUAGGAAAAUCAUCGUUUGCGAUCGCACAUAGUACGAUCAAAAAUUCCUAGUACCAACUUCAAGCGUGGCAGCCGGAUUCUCAGCCAACCUAAAUUCAUAGCUCGUCAACGUCGCAUCCAUGCCUUUCUCAGUCAAGGUCACUACGACGGUUGCCUCCACAGCAAUUGUCCUGAGUACCGUGAUAUAUUACUGUGUCCUAUCAGGUGGAAGAUCGUCGCCACCUUCACAACCCAAGGACUCUAGCAGCUUACGGCAGAAGGUUUCUCCUUUUACUUUCAAAAAUUAUGAUAAAUUAGCUCAACAGUUUUUUUGCGAUCAGUUACCUGUCAAGCUCAGUGAUUGGAGGAACCCAGGAGAUGUGCCAGAAUGCGAGGCGAUUUGGGAAUCGUUGGACCAAGUGCUUCGAAAUCACGGACUGGAACAGUGGGCUCACACCGAAAUUCAGUUCCUGAAAUCACCGCAAAAUAGUUAUCCACUAGCUACCGGGUUUGCCUACGUGAUACCAAGUCGUAUGCUGGAUUCCGGCCCUGGUACAGCUAAGAAACUUACGUGGUUUCAAUAUAUUAAUCCCGUUUUGAGAAUGGCCCGCACUAAAGAUGGCCACGAUGUCGCCAUUCGGGUCAUUACCGUCAAUAAAGAUGGACAUGAACAGCUCAAUAUUCUCAGAAAGGUCGCCGCCAGUCCUUCUAGCCUGCUAAGCAACAAUCACACUCUCCCUAUGCUUCGAGUCUUCGAAUAUGAAGACAUUACCUUCGGCAUCUUCCCUCGCACAGCCGGAUGUAUGGAAGAGGCGUUUGAUUCAUGGCCGAAGAAUUCAGUGGGAGACGUACUUAACAUGAUACUCCAGGCUUUGGAAGGUCUCGCAUUCAUUCAUGACUUGGGCAUCGCGCAUCGUGAUGCAGACAAGUCGAAUUUCCUGGUUCAAUGGCAUCCAGAGUCCUUACGGACCAUGACAGUGGCUAUAUCCCGACCUCGAGUGUAUCUCAUCGAUUUUGAGGUUGCAGUAGAAUUUCCGUCAGAACUUCCCAUAGAAGCGCGAGUCUCGAUAGGUCCUCCCAGUGGUGGUACCAUUAACAUUGCAGACGGAUGGGGUAGAGCGGUGCCACCUGAAGUCGAUUCAGGGAUGCCAUAUAGUCCAUUCAAACUGGAUGUGUGGCAGCUGGGAUAUAGUUUCAUCACUUUCAGGUCGACCGUUCCAGCCAUUGAUGAGGUCUUAGCUGAACUAGUCCUUGAUGAUCCCGUCGCUCGUCCUAAUGCGAGUGAGGCGUUAACUAAACUGGGCAAGGUGGUGAACGGCAUUCCGCCAGAAGCAUUGCUCAUUGAGCCCGUGAAAUUCGAUAUUGAGCCCAAACAAUAUUCAACGGAACCGCACAAUGCGUAGUUCAUGCUGAUAUCUGAAGCUCCUCCUUUUGAUUUCUUUGCACCCUCUCUCCUCUUGCUUUCUAACGCAUCUUGCUGUCGUCCUCCUUGUGGCCUUCUGGGCAUCUUUUGUGUUGAUAUUUGUCCUCUUGUGGUUCGCUCCGUUGUCAUAUGUCAGCAGUACGACAUACACGCACUCUCUUGUAUUUAACUUGCUGCAUAAGGUAUGAUGAAGUUAUCGUCUAUUUGAGUGAUGCCGCUGUAUAUCACACGAAGGGCAUCUCUGAAUGCAAGGUAUCAUUCUGACACGACCAGAGGACUAGAAUAUUUCCCUGUGCAGUUUCUUGGACAACCUCAUUGGCGGGCGUAACGGAGCGAGAGUCACAGCUUUCGAGGGCAAUUUCGAGUUCCUAGGAACUGGGCCUGGCGAAGGCACAUCAAACUAAACGCCUCGUGACAAACGACCCAACUUUUUCUGUAUCAGUUUGAAGAGCGAGUUCUCAUCGCCCCACGGGCAAAAUACUAACAGGAAGUAUCCCUCAACAAGCCUCAACAUUGCUGAAACAACCCACCGGGCAAUAAGAUCACUCAGACAGA